AAAUCAUAAGUCAUAGUAAUUGAAAAGAGAUUAUUGUUAGGAUUUGAAGUUUUAGACAAUGUCAUAAUUAGAAUGAGAAAACACCAUGCAACUAUAUGCUUAAGGUUAUGCUGUAAAAAUUUAAGGUUUCAAUCUUCAUCUUUAUCAACCUUGUCGUCGGGAAAUAUCUCAAAAAACCAGUUUAUUUCUUCUCGGAAACUCCGGAAUGUUAGGCUACAAUUUGCUCAUCUUCUACAAUUACCAACUCUUUCAGAGAAACCCAUCUUUUACUAUAAGCGAAUUCAUGGCCACCUUUUUGUCUCUGGUAUUGGUUAUGAUGUUUUUCUGGGAAACAUUCUCAUGCAUUUAUACUCAAAACUGGGUAGUAUUCAGUAUGCUCAGAAUGUGUUUGAUAAAAUGCCUAAGAGAAACUUGAUAUCUUGGUCUACCAUGGUUACAGUUUAUGUUCAGCAUGGUUAUGCUGAAGAUGCUUUAAUGGUCUUUUCAGAUUUUAGGAGGAGUUGUAAUGAGAGGCCAAAUGAGUUUGUAUUAGCAAGUGUCGUACGCACUUGUGUGCAGGCGGGUGCUUUUGAACAAGGUAUUGAAGUGCAUGGUUUUGCUAUUAAGAGUGGUUUGAGUGAAAAUGUGUAUGUGGGUACUGCUUUGACGGAUUUUUAUGCAAAACUAGGGGACAUCAGUGAUGCUAGAAUGGUUUUUGAUGAGCUGAAAGAGAAGAGUUUGUUUACUUGGACUAUAAUGAUGACAGGAUAUGUCAAGAGUGGGAGAAGUGAUGUUUCAUUGAUGCUAUUUCAUCAAAUGAUGAGGGAUCUUAAUGUUGUUCCUGAUAGAUAUGUUCUUUCUAGUGUACUAAAUGCCUGCACAAUGCUUCAGUAUCUUGAUGGGGCAAAGCAAAUUCAUGCUUAUGUAUUGAGAAGACGAAUUGUGUUGGAUGUUUCUGUAAUGAAUGUGCUGAUGGAUUUUUACGUGAAAUGUGGUAGAGUGAAAAGUGGAAGAAAAUUAUUUGAGCAAAUUGGUGCAAAAGAUGCUAUUUCAUGGACCACAAUGAUUGCUGGAUAUAUGCAGAAUUCUUUUCAUGUUGAUGCCCUACAACUGUUUCAUGAUAUGAACAUAUCUGGUUGGAAGGUUGAUGAUUUUGUGUGCUCAAGCAUUCUCAAUUCAUGUGGUUCACUUGAAGCUCUUUUGCCUGGAAAGCAGGUCCAUGCCUACAUUAUUAAAGCAAAUCUUGAGUUUGAUGAAUAUGUAAGCAAUGGAUUGAUCGACAUGUAUUCCAAGUGUAAUGCUGUUGCUGAUGCGAGAAGGGUUUUUGAUUCAAUGAUUCAGAACAAUGUGAUAUCUUAUAAUGCAAUGAUUGAGGGAUACUCUAGAUUAGGAAGUAUCUCUGAAGCAUUAGAUCUCUUCCAUGACAUGAGGAUUAAGCUGUUAUAUCCCAACCCCCUAACGUUCGUGAGCAUUCUUGGGGUAUCAGCAUUGCUUUCUUAUUGGGAAUUGAGCAAGCAAAUCCAUGUCCAUAUCAUCAAGGUAGGCCUGUCAAGCAACUUGUUUGUUAGCAGUGCGUUGAUAGAUGUCUAUAGCAAAUGCAACUUUCUUGGAGAUGCAAAACUGGCGUUCAAUGAGAUCCGUGAGAAGGACAUUGUGGUCUGGAAUGCUUUGCUCUUUGGUUAUACUCAACAGCUGGAAAAUGAAGAGGCGCUCAAACUCUACAGUCAACUACAAGUAGCAGGGGAAAAGGCUAAUGAGUUCACUUUUGUUGCAAUGCUCACUGCAGCAAGUAAUCUUGCUAGUCUUCGCCAUGGUCAACAAUUCCAUAAUCAGCUUAUGAAAACUGGCUUAGACACAGAUGCUUUUGUCACAAAUGCACUGUUGGAUAUGUAUGCUAAGUGUGGAUGCUUACAAGAGGCCUACUUGCUGUUUAAUACCACACAGUGGAGAGAUGUUGCCUGUUGGAAUUCUAUGAUCUCGACCUAUGCAAAUCACGGAUUAGCUAAAGAAGCUCUGUCCUUGUAUGAGAAGAUGCUUCAAGAUGGGUUGCAGCCAAACUAUGUGACGUUUAUAGGGCUUCUCUCGGCAUGCAGCCAUGCAGGGCUUGUAGAAGCUGGGCUUAAACACUUUAACACAAUGCUCAGCUGCGGAAUUGAGCCAGGGAUGGAGCAUUAUGCUUGCAUGGUUUCUCUCUUUGGACGAGCUGGUAAACUGAAUGAUGCAAAAGAAUUUAUUGAGAAAAUGCCUGUUAAACCUACUGCAAUUGUAUGGAGAAGUUUGCUCAGUGCCUGUCGAGUCUCCGGAGAUUAUGAAUUGGGCGCUUAUGCAGCAGAGAUGGCUAUAUCCUCUAACCCAGAAGAUAGUGGAUCUUUUGUUUUACUUUCAAAUAUUUAUGCAUCCAAAGGUAUGUGGACUGAGGUAAAGGAGAUUCGAGAAAGAAUGGAAUCACAUCUAGUGGUUAAAGAACCAGGCUGUAGUUGGAUUGAAAUAAAUGAUGAGGUUAAUGUCUUUGUAUCAAAAGACAUGUCUCACUCUAAAGCUGAUGUGAUAUACUCAGUCUUAGAUAACUUGAUCAACGAGUUGAAAGAACAAAUUCAUGUAUCUUCCACUGCUCCGAUUAUAAUAGAUUAUUGAUGAAAAGGAACUGAAUGGUGAGAGUGCUAUUAGCAGAUUUCAGAUGAAUUUUCAGAUGCAUUGAGGAAACCAUUCAUCCCACCCAAAGAAUCAUAUCAACUUUGCAUGCGAGAUUGCAUCAAGGGAAAGGAUGAGGAACUCAGCAAAUUGCAGUUAUGGCAUUUGGUUAAGUUGCUGACGCCUGAUUGCAAUUACCACAGAUUUGAUGGAUGAUGUUGUUGGAUACUUGAUAGUGGAGAGUGAUAACUUCUGAACAUAUAAUCCUACACGAGCUUUUUUUCGACUUCUUUACUAGCAGCUUCAUUUCUGAAAGGGGGGUGGAGGAAGGGAUUGGCGAGGCAGUGAGGGAGGAAGAAAUUUGGAUUAGAUCGGGUUUGGUUUUUGAGGUCCUUGCCAUCACUUCGGUUUCCUAAAACACAUCGAUUGUUUCUAGUCAAGGUGGCUUUAUACUUUGGCCAAUAUUGGGAGGCAGGAUAAGACUCUAUGCUUCAUUGGCUAUUGCUGCAGACCCCUUUUUAGGAACAUUGUUGUUGUUGCCAAUAACGUCUUCCCCGUAGCAAGAAUCAUGAAUCACAAGUGAAGCUGGUUUGGUUGAAAAGAAGCAAGUUCCUAUAAGAUGGUGCUGUCGAUGAAGGAAUUAAAAACAGAGAGAUCAUAAACAAAUAUGUCGUGUAGGCGGGAUUAUUUGAUUCUACGGCUUGCUGCUGGUUACAGAGAUGAAUAAUGCAGCAAGAUAAGUAAAGAAAUUAUGGAUUUUCUAAGGAAGUCAUGGAAGAUGAUUAAAAACUGCAAGUAUUCUGAAUUUGUACAAGCUGAUUAAGCACACCCAUGUAGAAAUUGUACAAGCUGUGCAUCCUUCUUUGAUACAAGGACACGAAGUUUCAGAAAUCAAAAUAUGUAUGUGAGAAGUUUAUGCCUAAUGUCUGUGUGAGCUUAUAAAUUUGGUUAAACUUUCCUGUCUAGGAUGACAUUGAGAUACUAGUAUUAAGUGAAUUUUACACUGUCCCCCAGUAAAAUUUAAUACCUUUAUAAA